AUGUCUAUAAUUCUUUAUGGACCAAGUUUAACUUUGAGUCAAGUAACGGGAUUGAAUAUUUGGAUUGCAAUUGGAGCAUGUGGUUUAGUUUGUACAAUUUAUACAAAUAUUAGUUAUAUGGACGAAUUAUGUAAUGAAUGUGAUCCUCUUCGUACUAAACUUAUUUCUCGACCAGAUCAAUUAUAUCCAUUAUUUGUAGUUGAAAAAUUAGGACGAAUACCUGGUUUAACAGGUCUUUUUAUAUCAUGUAUAUUAAGUGCAACAUUAAGUACAUUUUCAAGUGGAAUAAUUUUACAAAUCUUUGGUGCAUUUGCUGCUCCAAUCCUAGGUGUAUAUUUACUUGGAUUAUUUUCAUCACGAAGUGCUGUUGUUGCCUUUUUUCUCUGUUUAAUAUUUCAAAUAUUUAUGCUUGUUGGAUCCACAUUGACUGUUAGACCAGCAAAUAAACAUGGAGGCCGAUUACCAACUUCGAUUGUUGGUUGUGUUCAAUCCAUUAAUGUUACUCUUUCACCGACAAUAACAAAACAAAGGUACGGAGAUCGGCGAGAUGAAAUAACGCAAGAAUAA